AUGAUGCUGAACAGGUCGAAUAAUCACAAUAGUAUACUGGCAAAGUCAGUACAUAGCAAUAAUAAUACUAGUAGUAGUAGUAGUAGACAGCCUUCUUUGAAUAAUAUAUCAGGACAACAACAACAGAGUAGACAGACGACGACGACGACGACGACAAAGACUAUGAUGUCAACAACAACAUCAACAAGUAAUAAUGGAAGUGGAAAUGGAAGUGGAGGUGGAAGUGGAGGUAGCAGUGGACAUGGAAGUGGAAAGAUACCAUCCUCAUCAUCGACAUCAAAUAUGAAUGAAUAUACAAACACAUCAGUCAGUAGCAGUACGCUGGAUUACAGCAACAUCGAGGAGUUGGGUGUCAUCCUAAAGUCACUCAAGCUGAUCGAGAAGAAUAGAUAUACAGCCAACAUAAAGUGUGCCAUACUAGGUUCAAACUUUGUCGGCAAGACAUCAUUUAUGAGAAGGUUCUCAUCAGGUGAGUUUGAUCCGAUGGAGACUACAACGAUUGGCGCUAUUAGAACACUGCAUACCAUUCAUUAUAGUACCCUUUCACUCAAUCUUGAGAUAUGGGACACUGGUGGCCAUGAACGGUUGAAGGGUCUACUACCGUUUUAUUUAAAGAACUGCAACUGUAUCAUAGUCAUGUUUGAUGUAACCUCCAUUGACUCUUACUACAAGUCACUCGACAUCCUGACUCGUACAAAGAAGAUGGUGCCCGAAGGAUCGAUCUUCCUCUUGGUCGCUAACAAAGUUGAUAUUGGAUCAAGAGCAGUGUCACAGGUGGACAUUGCCAAGGCAUGCUCAGAGUCAGAGAUUGGACAUAUUAGUUGGUGCGAGAUAUCAGCUCGCACGGGUCAUCACAUUCAUGAACCGUUUCAUUUGAUAUCACAACACAUCUCCAACAUGAUCAAUGCGAUGCGCACCAACCAUCGCAUCGAGAAGAUGCACUCCAAGCUCACCAGCACACCCAUCUUUAACUUUGUCGAGUUUGAGGGCAGCGACGAGGGCGACAGCAUCACCAAGAGCGACCUGGCAAUGAUCCGCAACAACAUGUACACUUGCACCGAGCGCUCGUUCCGCUCGAUCGACCCGCAGGUCGUCGUGCUGAAGCUGGACGUGCGCAAGAUCAUGAUCGAGUCGACGGGCGGCCUCUUCAACAAGUUCCUCUCGAAACGCUCCUUCCUCUUCAAGGAGGUCAGUGGCGACAGCAACGGUGGUGGCAGCAACGCCAACUCUGACGACUUUCAAAACAGUGGCGAGUACAAAGGUUCAUUCUGUUUGGUACUCGACAAGUUCCACCCAAGACGUAUCGAGGUCAGGAAGUUACAAUCGGGCUCCUCCAGCUCGCCACCUCUCGAGAGCAAGAAUGAGAUCGUCCUGCUCUGUGAGUACAGAGAGCAUCUCGUCAAGACAUUCAAAUCACUAUGCUCAGUGUCAAUCCCAAUCAGCGAAGGACAUAGAGGAGGCGAUCGCAACGACUUUUUAUAUUGCUACAAGGAGUACUUGAAGAACUAUACCAAAGAGCCUAUCGACCUAAGCAUUGAGCAUCAGAUAAUAGACUCGGCACACAAGAGUACUCAACCAUUCACCUCAUUGGAUUUGAGCAGAGUAAUCAGAGACGAUAAGAAUAUAUCAGCAUUGUCAAGAUCAUUGGAAUGGAAUGGAUCACUAACAUCGCUAGACUUGUCUUACAACACAUUGGACACAUUGGACCAACGCUCCAUUGCCGAUCUCCUCAACACCGUCUCCAACUCUGUCUCCAUCGUCAAUCUUGACCUGACCUCAAACAACCUAGGUUCACCAAAGGUCAAGAACUUACUCAUUGAAUUCUUCAAACCAUCACUGAAGCUAAAGUCGUUGAUACUGAACUCGAAUGACCUUGGUAGCACAGCCAACUUGAUCAUUCAAUCACUGUCGUCCAACACUAACUUGGUUACAUUGGGACUUGCCAGCAACAAUCUGCACAACGACAAUGCUCAGACCAUCUCGCAGAUGCUGCUUUGUAACAAUACGUUGGAGACACUGGACCUCUCCAACAACCUGAUCGAAGAGGAGGGCGCAAUCUUCCUGCGCAAGGCCUUUGACAAGUCGUCGGCCAAGCCCAACACCACACUGUCGAAGCUCCUGCUCGCCAGCAACAGCAAGAUCACACAGAACUCUCUCAACGUCCUGCAGUCAUUGACAUCGCCUGCAGCAUCAAAGAAGUCAUAG